CGACUCGUCACCGCCGACCUUGCAUUCCUCCGAUGCUGGGCGACCCUACCUGCUUUUCCAACAGAUACCGACCGACGAGAGCAUCCGCGGGUUCUCCCCGCGGCAACAGAGCCCGACCUGGACCCCAACUUCGAUCCAGAUCCCAACUCCCACUACAUUCUCGCCGCCAACGAUCACCCCACCCCGCCGAACGUUCAGAUACCCUCUAAUUCAGACCUAUCGCCCUCUGUCGCCGCGUCUCGCCCCUCCUCGGCCUCUCCUGACGAACUCCAUCCCUCGCCCCUGCACUCCCCCGCCGUUGCCCAGCAUUCCUCGACUGCCACCGGAACGAUAGCAUCUAAUACGGCGCCUCGUCAGGUCUUGGGCCGUAGACAACGAGCCACUUCCGACUCGGAUCGGGGAAGCCCUCCUAGUACGUCUGCCGGCGCCAGUCGAUCCGCCUCCCACCGCGUCAAACGCAGAAGAGGCGACGCCAACAUGAUCUCAGACGGAGAUGGACUGGCUUCCAACGGCGCUCCGAGGGCUUACUCCAACGGCGCAUCCUCUGAUGCCCAGCUGUCUGCCUCUGCUACAAAUGGAACUCGCAAGGCCGCUGCCAUGAACGGCUCCUCCCGCUCCGACAAAGAAACAUCGUCACGACCGCCGACGACAUAUUACGGGCAUGAUCGCGAGGAGGUGACGCGCAUUCUGAUCCAGGCCCUUUCCGACAUGGGCUAUCAUGGUGCUGCGGAGAGCGUCAGCAAGGACAGCGGCUACGAGCUCGAGAGUCCAACGGUCGCCGCCUUCCGAAAUGCGGUCGUCAACGGCGAGUGGGGUCAAGCCGAGGAGCUCCUCUUCGGAGCCGUCAUGUCCGACGACCGAGGCCAACAAGGGAACGGCUUAGUCCUGGCCCCCGGGUCAGACAGGAACGUCAUGCGAUUCUGGUUGCGCCAACAGAAGUUUCUAGAGCUCCUGGAGCAGCGUGAUACGAGUAAAGCCCUCAUGGUGCUACGAACAGAGCUCACGCCGCUUUAUCAAGACACCCAGAAGCUCCAUUUCCUGUCUAGUCUACUCAUGUGCCAGUCCACGGAGGAUUUAAAGGCCAAGGCAGAAUGGGAUGGUGCUCACGGCCAGUCCAGAAAGGUGCUGCUGUCGGAGUUGUCAAAAUGUAUAUCGCCGUCUGUCAUGCUACCUGAAAAUAGGCUGGCGGUUCUCCUGCAACAGGUAAAGCAGAGCCAAAUAGACAGCUGUCUGUGGCAUACCACUGCAUCUUCACCAUCAUUAUAUUCCGACCACUACUGCGAGCGGAGUCACUUUCCCACCGAGGUAGCCCUGGAGUUGACAGAUCUGAAUGGGGAGGUAUGGCAGGUACAAUUCUCACACGACGGCAAACGUCUGGCAGCCUGUGGUAGCGGCGAGGCAGUCGUCAUUUGGGAUCUCCCUUCAUUUUCAGUUUCACAAGUCCUUCGCCCACACGCUCAUGGUGUCGGCAAUUUCUCAUGGAGCCCCGACGACUCGAUGCUCGUAACGUGCUCACAGGACAAAUAUGCACGGCUGUGGGACACAUCGACUGGGGAAUUGAGGCUUAAACUGGAGCGCUUCGAGGAGCCAGCCAGCGGUUGUGUAUGGGCCGCUGACAGCAAGAGUUUUGUGACCGGAGCCCUGGAUAAGCAACACGGCCUGCGCACUUGGAGCACCUCGGGGGAAAUGCUGUACGAAUGGGGCAAAAAGCACCGGGUUCAGGACUUGUGCGGCUCGCCCGAUGGUCACUGGCUGGUCGCGGUGGACGACGUGCAGAAGAUACACGUCUAUAAUCCCACCACACGCGAAUUGGAGUAUGAAAUGGAGCUGAAGGCUCGGCCAACUUGCGUCAGCAUCAGCGAAGACUCGCGCCAUCUUCUUGUCAACAAGAAAGACGGCGAGGUGCAACUGAUAGACUUGGCAACUCGAACCUCCGUACAAAAGUUUCUCGGACAUACGGGAGGUGACUUCCUCAUCAGGAGUGCUUUUGGUGGCGCCAACGAAAGUUUUGUUGUUAGCGGCAGCGAGGAUGGGAACAUCCUCAUCUGGCACAAGAAUAGCGGCGCUGCCGUUGAAAGGCUUGAAGGCCAUCAGCCCCGGACUAAUGCCGUCAGCUGGAAUCCAGCAGACCCUUGUAUGCUGGCGUCGUGCGGCGACGACGGAAAAGUCAAAGUGUGGUCGAAUAAGAACCAAAGUACAACUCUCAGAUCAUUACAUAGUGCAGCCUCGAGAGGCUCGAAUGGGUGGAGAGAAGACGAUCGAGCUGAGGAGUAG